GCAGCCGCCGCAGCCGCCGGCCCCGUGGCCGAGCUGUUCCGGGCGUCACAGCUGCCCGCCGAGACGCUGCACCAGAUCACAGAACUGUGUGGUGCAAAGCGGGUUGGUUAUUUUGGUCCCCCCCAGUUCUACGCUGCCCUGAAACUCAUCGCGGCUGCGCAGUCUGGCCUCCCGGUGCGGAUCGAGAACAUUACAUGUGAGUUGCCUCUGCCUCGCUUUAUGAUGUCAAAGAAUGAUGGGGAAGUCCGCUUUGGGAACCCGGCUGAGCUGCAUGGAACCAAGGCUCAGAUGCCAUAUGUAACCGCAGAGAAAAAUGCCUUCAAAAGAACGGAUGAUGCAGAUAUACAGCAGGAAACCCAGUCUCCCACGAUGUCACCCCUCGCCUCCCCGCCUUCCUCCCCGCCUCAUUACCAGAGGGUGCCUUUGAGCCAUGGCUACAGCAAACUGCGGAGCGGUGCCGAACAGAUGCAGCCAGCUUCAUAUGAGGCCAGACAGUCCCUCGUCCAACCUGAAGGAAGCUCGUCAGGGGCCCCCGGAGCCAAGCCCCCUCGUCUUCAGGCUUCUCUUAUCCGGUCCUUUUCAGUGGAGAGAGAACCGCAGGAUAGCAACAGUCAUUACCCAGACGAGCCCUGGAGGAUAACGGAGGAGCAGCGGGAGUACUAUGUCAACCAGUUCCGGUCCCUGCAGCCUGAUCCGAGUUCCUUCAUUUCAGGUUCUGUGGCCAAGAACUUCUUCACAAAAUCAAAGCUUUCCAUUCCGGAACUCUCCUAUAUAUGGGAGCUCAGCGACGCUGAUUGCGAUGGUGCCCUGACUCUAGCCGAGUUCUGCGCAGCCUUUCAUCUCAUCGUGGCCCGCAAGAACGGCUACCCACUGCCCGAGGGCCUGCCACCCACCCUGCAGCCCGAGUACCUGCAAGCAGCUUUUCCGAAGCCCAAGUGGGAUUGUGCGUUGUUUGACUCUUACUCUGAGUCUGUGCCAGCAAACCAACCCCAGGACGUGCAUCGGAGCGAGAAGCCUUCUUCUAAAGACAUGGCUGACUUCCCCGGCUCUGCCCAAGAUGUCGCUCUCGAUGACAAACAAGCUUCCAAAGGUACUGCAGCUGAAGGCUCACCAAAAGUUGUGUCUGAGGAUUCAGCCACUCCCAAGGAUCCCGGCAGUGUCAAAGCAAGACCAAGAUCCAGAUCUUACUCUAGCACUUCCAUAGAAGAGGCCAUGAAAAGGGGCGAGGACCCUCCCACCCCACCACCGCGGCCACAGAAAACCCACUCCAGAGCCUCCUCCUUGGAUCUGAAUAAAAUCUUCCAGCCCAGUGUGCCAGCCACCAAGACAGGCUCGCUGCCUCCGCCACCAGCGCUCCCUCCAAGACCUUGCCCAUCGCAGUCUGAACAGACAGCUGAGGCUGAGGCGCCCCCACCGUCGAGCAGAGCCGCCUCCCAGGCUGCGGAAGGUAGUCCCGUCAAGAAGGACAUCGCAUACUCCCAGCCUCCAUCAAAGCCCAUCCGCAGGAAAUUCCGACCUGAGAAUCAGGCCUCCGAAAGCCAGGAGCACCCUCCCGCUGCCGGCGGAGCAGCCUCAGCCUCCAGCGGGAAAGCCCACCCAACAGUUCAAAAACAAUCGUCUAAACAAAAGAAGGCGAUUCAGACUGCGAUCCGCAAAAAUAAAGAGGCCAACGCCGUGCUGGCCAGGCUCAACAGCGAGCUCCAGCAGCAGCUCAAGGAGGUUCACCAAGAAAGGAUGGCAUUGGAAAACCAACUGGAGCAGCUUCGUCCGGUCACUGUGUUGUGA